ACAUGGGAGGGACCGGACCGUCAAGUGGACAGCUCUCGCGCCCGCCCACCGCGCGCCACUCACUCCACACCGGGAGCAGCGCGUGCGGACGAUGCCAGGCAGAGAUAGAUGGGCAGGCCGGCGGGAAAACGCAGCCGCACAGUGACACAACUAGUUAGAGCAGCGAGAGGCGCAACUGACAGCGGAAGUGGAGACGAUCCAGAGCCGCCGCCGCCGCCGCUUCACCGUCCGCUGGCACCGAUGUCCGAGGCCCGUCCGGUGCCAGCUGAACACCGCCGAGCGAGGCAGAGCGCACGGGAACGGCCGCUGGAGCGCGACGCUCCGCUUCGCUGAGCGGACGGACUCCUGUCGCCGACCGAGAGCGAGCUCUAUGAAAGCACAUUGCGUCUCGUCCCCGUUCCUCUUCGAGCAGUGCUGCUUGGCUCACCAGGUUUUUGCCAGUGACACUGAAAACUUUCAACAACAACCCUCUGGUUCCUGUUGUGGGGGAUAAACGACACAGAGACCAUCAACAGCUUCCUGAUGGAUUCACCCACAGAUCUUUUCAGUGACUCCUCUCCCCAGAUACAUGCCUUCACUUCCACUCUAAGCUCCACAGAUCUACCUGGAGGUCAUCCCCAGGGCAGUGCAGGUUGUCCUCUUCCUGCCUUUAGGCCUCCUGGAUUCCCCCUCAUCCAUCAUCUCCUCCAGCCGGGUGGAGCCCACCGGAAGAUUGGAGGGCACCUCAACAAAAACCUCAGCGCACACAGACAUCUGGAAGACAGAAAUAUGGAGGAAAAUGCAGGAGAACGGGAUGAACAGGUGGAGCCAGGAAUGGAAGAAGGAGAGGAGGGAGAUAUAGAGGAAGUGGACGACAUGCUGAGGGUUAAAAAGAGGCGCAGUGAUGCCGCCCUCGCAGCAGAGUGGCGUCAAGAUGUCCUGAAAGUUAAGAGGAUGAAACUGGAGAGACGACAGAGAGAUGGCAAGGCUGAUGGAGAGGCCGACGCAGGAGGCAGGUGUCAGCGCGAAGGAGCGCGGGAAGGCAGGAGACGAGAGAGGGAGGAGCUGAAAGAGCAGCUGGAGGAGGCGAGGGAGAGGCUGCAGGCCCUGCAGGAGAAGGUGUGGAGAGCGUUUGGGGAAAAGCACAUGGAAGAGGAGAAGAAGAAAAGCAGGCUCAGGAACGCAAGCCGAAGGGCUGAGGAUAGAGAAGACCUGGGCUUGAUGGAAGAAGAGGACAUUACUGAAGGAAUGUAUGAUGAAGAGGACGUAGACGGUGGAGAGGUAGAAAAGGAACCUUUCCUUAAUCUCUCCGGUUCCCCUUUCGAUAACUUCCACAAACGGAGGGAGGAGAGACACAAAGAGAAAGAGCGGAAGGCAGAGCGAGGAGGAGGAGGAGGAUUUAGCUUGGGGGAUGCCAUAGAGGGAGCAGGACUGUGGUUGGACUGUGGAGGACUGGUGAGAGGAGACUGGGGUGCAGGCCUGGAAGAAGAGGGCGAGGAGGGAGGCCAGAAGUUUGCUCAGGCGCUGAAGCUGGAGCUGGGCAGCGCCGUGGCCCGAGUCAUCGACCGAGUGCUCCGCCUGUACACCGAAACCAUAGAUUUAACUCCUUCCUCCCCGCCCGCCGCCGUCGCUUUCCUCCCACCUGACGUCGGGGGCGAGGGGCGCAGGGAAGUGUGGAUGGGACUGCUGGCUAGAGAACGAGGCGAGGAAAAAACCAGGGGCAAGGAGGAGAAGGCGGGGGGGCAGGACGGGGAAAGGGAGAAGCAACUCCAGAAGGUGAACGGGAGCGCGGCGCCUCCUCCGCAGACGCAUCGCAGCGAGCCGGCAGAUCUGACCCUGCCUUUGGCUGUUCAAAGGUCUCCUGAUGUGCGAAAGGCCCACCCACUCCUCGGCACGCCCCUCUCCGCCCACCUGAAUGCCUCACAUCCCAACCUCUCCCUGCACCACGCCACUUUACCCCGGCCCCCGCCUCUGACCCAUCCUCCCCUCUUACCCCCUGCUGCACAACCCAAGGACCCCUCUUCCUCUUUCCAUCUAUCUUCGUCGUCCUCUUCUUCCUCCUCAUCUUCCUUCCCAGCACCUGCCCAUCCUCAUCCACCGCCUCCUCCCCCUCUACCUCUCCCACUGCUCCACUACUCCAUGCAGCAGCUCUUCUCUCGCUCUCUCCACCACCCUCAGCUCUCACACCUCCCCCCCUCACGCAAAGACUACCUGGGCUCAGACCCAUUCUUGGAGGUCUCCUCUCACACAUCAUCCCACCCGUCCUUCCCCCCGCUCCCCCUGCUUGGGCACCUGGACCCCUCCCUUGCUCGUCAUGCUCAUGGAGGGAGAGAUAGGGAGAGAGGGAUGAGGGGAGAUGGAGGGAUGAGAGGAGGAGGGAUGGAUGGAGGAGAGCUCUACCUGACAGCUGGGGGAGCAUACACCCAGGAGGGCUUGUCUCCCUGUCAUCUGAAGAAGGCAAAGCUCAUGUUCUUCUACACCCGCUAUCCCAGCUCCAAUACACUCAAGACCUACUUCCCUGAUGUUAAGUUUAACCGCUGUGUGACCUCCCAGAUGAUUAAAUGGUUCAGUAACUUCAGAGAGUUCUUCUACAUCCAGAUGGAGCGCUUUGCUCGACAGGCUGUCCGUGACAUGCUCACUCGGGAUGGUGCGCCCUGCCUGGGCAGAGACAACCAGCUGAGAGUGGGCCGGGAUACGGAGCUGUACCGCAUACUGAACAUGCACUACAAUAAGAGUAAUGUAUACCAGGUACCUGAGAGAUUUAUCGAGGUAUCAGAAGUGGCUCUGAGGGAGUUUUACUCAGCCAUCUGGACUGGCAGGGACAGCGACCCCUGCUGGAAGAAAGGCAUUUACAAAAUCAUCUGUAAACUUGACAGUCCUGUACCAGACGCCUUCAGACUGCCUGGAUGUCCUGUUGGCUGAUGCUCGAACCACUGUCAUUGCAUACAUGUAUACAACCACAUACACAAACAGGAACUAACUGAAAGAAGGGAAACUAGUAGAGACAACUACGAAACAUUUUACCAUAUGACAGCUAAUGUAAAGCUAUUAAAUUAUACAAUUUUGUUUAUUCUGUCCGGAAUAAAUUUGUCAUUACAAUGUGAUGAAACGCUACUGCUUGACACGGUGUACAGAAAAGAGAUGUGCAUAAACAGGCAGGCACACAGAGGGUCAACAGACUGACACACUCAGUGCUGAGAUAAGAGUCUUGCGAUAGCACUUAUCGGAAAACGUGACCAUAGCAUUGAAUUAGCAGUGGACAGAGCAGGAUUUCACUUUCCGAACAUUCUUCACCCUUCAGUUCUCUUGUGAAAUCACAAUGCUGCUACACAGGUUUGAUUAAACUGUGGUUAAAAUACCGAGCGCUGCAGCUACACGGCUGGAACGACCUGACUUCAGUACAGUGUUGUUAAAAUAUGCAUUGUUGCUUCUGUUUAAAUUAAAUCAUAAACAUAAAUAAUCACUGAAAUUGAAAAUGCCAUUCUAUGCAUCUAGUGAGUAACCACACAUUCUGCUGACAGCUGUUUACUACGCAUGGGCACACACGUUUCAAUAUUUUCAAACCAUCCACAGCUUGAGUACAUGCAGCACUCAGCAUGUUUACAUGUUUUUUUACCUACACAUAAUUUCAACACUUUGAAAACACAAAUCAUGAUUCUUUCUGGUCAAAUGACUGAUUAUAUUCCAUGACACAUGGGAUUUCAAAAUCAAACUCAUGUUUGUCAUUUGCUUCAGUCUAUUGGUGUUUUUUUGCUAAUGUUUCCAUCUCUAUUUAAUAUUAAAUUAUUACUUUAAUAUUAAAUUAUUACAUUUUUUGUACAUUAAGAGGCAGUGUAAUCAACUGUAAUUCAAAUUAUGUCAAGGAGGACUAUAUAUUGGAUUUGAAAUAGUCUUAUUAAUAAUGUUUUGUUGUUUUUUGAUGUACCCUUAUUGUUGAAAUACUUAUGUUUAUUAUUCCUUUACUCUGAUGCUAAAUAGGAUGGUUGCACAAUUAUUAUAUAUCAAUAUUUGUUUUGCUCAAGCCCAAAGGUCUCGAUGAAGCAUCCGCUCUAUCUACUAUAUAUCAUGGCUCUUUUAUUUAGAAGAAACACAUGUCUGUUUAUGAAAAUGCUGGUUGGCUGCUCCAGAUUCAGAUGUCUUCUGGGUUAAUCCCAACUCUAGGACUGAGACGUGUAAAGAUGUACACUUUUUGUGAUGUGUUUUCAAGUGCAUUUUUCCUAUAUUUGGAUUAUGUAUCCCAUUCUCUUCUAUUCCUCAUGGUUUAUUCUGUACCGUAGACCUGUGCUUCAUUCAAAUGUUGGUGGAUGUCGAUGUUUAAACUUAUCAGUGAAUUAAAGUGAUACCAGGCUUG